AUGAGCCGGAGAAUGUCUAGCCUUGACCUUAAGAUUGUUGUUCUUGGGUCGGCUUUUGUUGGAAAAACAUCCAUUAUCAAUAGGUAUUGCAAUUCAACUUUUAUUGAAGAUACCCUUUCUACUAUUGGAGCAGGAUUCUUCACAAGAACAAUGAAUAUAGAUGGUACUGAAGUCACAAUCAUGUUAUGGGAUACAGCCGGUGAAGAGAGAUUUAGAUCUGUUGCCCCAUCAUUACUUAGAGGUGCAAAUGGCUUAGUUUUGGUUUAUGACCUUACUCAACCAAAUAGUUUCAAAGACAUUGACAUUUACAUGGAAAUGUUUUUAGAUACCUGCAACGUUGAUCCAACUUACACUUUACCAGUUCUUCUCCUCGGAAAUAAGUGCGACCUUAAUAGAGUUGUUUCAGUGGAUACAGUCGAAGAGUGGAAGAGAAAGAAUAAAGUCGUGUUUUCAUACGAAGUAUCCGCUAAAACUGGCGAAAAAGUUGAAGAAGCCUUUCAAAAAUUAAUAGAAUCUUUAGUAUCACCUGCCGCUAAUACAGAUAAUACUCCUAUCCAAAUUGUUAUUAAUCCUGGAAAUCCUAACAAGCAAAAUACUGGCUGUUGCUAA